AUGGCUGCGCAACUUGCACAGAUGAUACUACUUGCGGGUCUUGCACUUCAGAAAGCGACGCAGUAUCUUCAACUUCUCCAAACACUUGCUCAGCUAAAUGCACAGAAAGAAUUGGCAUUUGCGUUAUUAAAAAAUAAUUUUAUAUUUUAAUUCAUAAUGUUUAAGAGAGCAAUGCACAGUUGGCUCAAACGGGUGCGCAACUUGCACAGAUGACACUACUUGCGGGUCUUGCACUUCAGAAAGCGACGCAGUAUCUUCAACUUCUCCAAACACCUGCUCAGCUAAAUGCACAGAAAGAAUUAUCGUUUGCAUUAUUAAAGACUAAUUUUAUAUUUUAAUUCAUAAUUUUUUAAAGGGCAAUGCACAAUAG